AUGUUGCAAGGUCUCUUUGAUGAAGAUGGUGGAGAUGGAGAAUCUUAUUAUCAAGGAACAACUAAUACAAGUUCAAAAUCAACAGUUGAAAAACCUUUAUCACCACGAAAUGAAACAAAUUUAUGUGGUUUACAAAAUCAAGGAGCUACUUGUUAUUUGAAUGCUCUUAUUCAAACGUUACUUUUUAUACCAGAAUUUCGUGAACCUCUUUUCAGUCUAUCUGCUAAAGAUCUUAAUCUUUCAUCAAAUUCUACUGAUUCAAGUCAAACUCCGUCAAGUGGAAGUACUUUAAAAGUUCGUAAGAUUAUUGUUGAAUUACAACGUCUUUUUGCUGAAAUGCUUUUACUUAAUCAACAAGCAUGUUCAUCAAUUCGAUUAACCGAUAGUUUUGGUUGGCAAUCGAAUGAAACAUUUGAUCAUCAAGAUGUUCAUGAACUUAAUCGUUUAUUAUUUGAUGCUAUACAAAAAUCUUUACAAGGUACAAAACAAUCAAAUUUAAUACGUUCUUGUUAUGAAGGUUCAACAAUUAAUUAUACACAAUGUAAACAAUGUCAGAGAAUUUUUAAACGAAUAGAAGAUUAUCAAGAUUUACCAUUAGUUGUACAAGAUAGUCCAAAUUUACAUACAUCAUUAGCAAAUAUGUUUACUCUUCAUGAAAAAUUAGUUGGUGAUAAUCAAUAUCGAUGUUCAUCAUGUGCAAAUAUGUUAUGUGAUGCUGAAAAAUGGGCUAAAAUAAGUAAAUUACCACCAAUUUUAACAUUUCCAUUACAACGAUUUGUUUAUGAUAUUAAAACGGGUAAUCGAUUGAAAAAAACAACACGUUAUGAAUUUCCAUUUGAUAUUGAUUUAAAAGAAUUUUGUGAAGAUUCAGUGAUUGAAACAAAUUAUGAAUUAUUUGCUGUUGUUAUUCAUAAGGGUACAUGUUAUUCAGGACAUUAUUAUGGUUAUAUAAAAGAUAUCGAUCAGAUUGGCUGUUGGAUACGUCCACCACCACCAUCAUCGCCUGCAGCAAAAUCAUCAAACAAACAAAAAACAUCGAAUACACGAAAUGGUAGUACUUCAAAUAAUAAUUCUCGUACUAAUCGUAAUUCAAAUCAAACCGAUCCAGUAGAAACUGAUGAAGAAAUAAUGAAAAAAAUUGAUUUAAUUCGAACUAUAUUAUUAUCAUGUGAUGAUUGGACUACUAUUGAUGAUCUUUUUAAAACUUAUCGCGACAAUACAACAGUUCCGCGUGGACGAACUCGUGGUUCUAAUGGUGCAUUUACAAAAUUUCUUCGUAAUUAUCCAGAAGUAUUUCAUGUUGAUGACAAACGUGUUCGAUUAGUUGAACAAAUGGAUAUUGAUGAAAAUGAAAUAACUGAUAUGGAUCAUGAAACAUUACAAAUAGAUAAAUCAUUAAUAAAUAAUUAUGAAAAUGAUGAAUAUUGGUUUUGUUUUGAUGAUUCAAUAGUAACAUGUGUUACACGACAACAUAUUCAAAGACAUUAUGGAUUAAAUGAUUGUGCAUAUAUGUUAUUUUAUAGAUUAAAAAAUCAUCGAAAUAAAAAUGGUUCAUUUAUGGAUUGUUCAGAUACAAUAUAUUCAAUACCACAAUGGUUAAUUGAUGAAAUUACAGAAAAAAAUAAAAUUUUAGAAGAAAAACGUGAAAUAUAUGAAAAAUAUCAAAAUCAAUUACCAGUAACAAUUUAUCCAAGUGAAUGGUUUGAAGUAAUCGAUGGAUGUCGAUUAAAUUUAAAUAAUAAUAAUCAAGUACUUUUUCCUGAUCAAUAUGGUGAACAUAUAUUUGAUAAACGAACAAAACUUAAUGAAUUUAUUUCGAAUUUUGAGGUAUAG